AUGAAUAAAGACUCACUGGUGAGUGAAGAGAGUGCAUCCGAGGCAGAAGAUGAAGCUGAAAGCAAAGAAGCAUCAGAAGGCACAGAAGAGGAAGAUGUCUCCAGUGCAUCAGAUGAAACAAGUGAGAGCACUGAGGGAGAGCAGGAAGAGAGUGGUGCAGAUGUCAGUUGCAGCGAGGAAGAAAAUAAGCUAGAGGCAGCAGAUGAGGAAGAAGAACUCUCUGAGGUGGAAAGCAUAGAUCCAGAAGAAUCUGGGGAAAAGGAAAGCACUGAGCACAGCUACUCCUCUGGGGAGCUGAAUGAUAUUUACGACUACUUGGAGAGAGACUGCAACGAGUCUGGCGAGCUAAUGGAAGAGACUGCUUUGGAGACUUUGAAGAAACUUGGAAAAUAG